AUGAAAGGCGUCUUCAGGAGUUAUGACUUCAUUGGCUGUAAGGGUGACUCAGUCAGGAGUUUGUUCACUUUGUCCUCUUCUUUCUCUCUGCAGAUGCAGCAGUUGUUCUAUGAGAACUAUGAACACAACAAGAAAGGUUUCAUCCAGGACCUCCACAGUAGCAAGAUCCACAACACCAUCACAUUGCACCCCAACAAGCGUCCAGCGUAUCAGUACCGUCUGCACGUGUACCUGCUGUCCCGCCGGCUCUCCCAGCUGCGGCACCGCACGGUCCAGUUGCACCGGGAGGCCCUCGCCAUGAGCCGGCUCGGCAGCGCCGCAGUCCGGCGGGAGGACCAGCAGCUCGGUGCGGCGCCCUCAUACACGCGCUACCGGCCCGCGGGGCGCAGCGACGUCCUCGAGUGGGAGUUCCUUACCGCUCGGCACCUUUACUCAUCCAGCAAGAAGCAGAUGCCCCGUCAGGGCCUCGGAAAUCUGGUGCGCUCCGCACUGGAAGACACCGUGCUUCAAGUGAUGGAAAUGAUCAACGAGAACUCAAAGACUCGAGGUCGCAUCAUAGACUUCAAGGAGAUCCAGUAUGGCUACAGACGUGUGGAUCCAAUUCACGGUGCUGAGUACAUCUUGGACCUUCUGCUGCUCUACAAGAAGCACAAGGGUAGGAAGGUGACCGUGCCGGUGCGGAGACACGCUUACCUUCAGCAGUCCUUCAGCCGGCCGUUCUUCAGCGAGGCGGAGGAGCUCGAUGUGUCCCGACUGGAAGACACCAUCAACGGUGACUCGCGCUCGCUCUCUUUCCUCUCCAGCUCGCUCAAGAUCUUCUCCUCCUUCCAGGUCUCCGAGACCGCACAAGUCCAGAGUCAGACCAAAGUGCACUUCCUCGUCCCGCUCACCGGUCGCUAUGAAAUCUUUGUGCGUUACAUGGAAAACUUUGAAAGAAUCUGCCUGAUCCCCAACCAGAACGUGAAGCUGACCAUAAUCCUGGUUGACAAUGAUACAAACCAGGAUAAGGAGAGACACCUAGAGCUGAUAAAGGAAUAUCACAACCGAUAUCCUAAAGCAGACCUGUCUAUCAUCCCUAUGACGGGAGACUUCUCUCGAGGCCUGGCCCUUGAGAUGGGCGCUUCUCAGCUGAGGAACAACUCGCUGCUGUUUUUCUGCGAUGUGGACCUGGUCUUCAACACAGACGCCCUCCAGAGAUGUCGAGACAACACCAUUGAGGGAAGUCAGGUGUACUUCCCCAUAGUCUUCAGUCAGUAUGAUCCCAAAAUUGUCUAUGCUGGUGACCCUCCUGAAGACAGCAGCUUUGUCUUUACCAAGAAGACUGGAUUCUGGCGAGAUUAUGGAUUUGGUAUCACCUGCAUAUUCAAAAGCGACUUGCUUAGAGCGGGGGGGUUUGACACCUCAAUACAAGGCUGGGGUUUAGAGGAUGUUAAUUUGUUCUCUAAAGUCAUCGAUUCUGGCUUGAAAGUGUUUCGCUCUCAAGAAACAGGUAUUGUGCAUAUUUUUCAUACUGUCUUCUGUGACAUGCGUUUAGAACCCAAGCAAUACAAAAUGUGCGUCGGGUCCAAAGCAAGCACUUACGCAUCCACAAUGCAGUUGGCACAACUGUGGUUGUCCAAACAUUUAGGCGUUGGUUACAACAGGACUUCCUCCUGAUGUCCCAACCAGGCCCCAGAAAUCACUGGAGUUUACCUCAGAUCUGUAAAAGUGCAAACUACAAUGCAUUCACUGAAUGUGUGGAUAUUUUUAGGGAUUCUGGGUAAUGUAUGUCCUAUCAAAAGAGUCCAAUCCAACUUUCCAAAGGUUUGUCCUUGCCAUCUAACAUUGCAGCAUCUUCCAAGGGGUAUUUAUUGCACAAGUCUGAAAAGAAAGUAAUUUGUUUUCCAUCUUGCACUCAUAUCUUGAGGAGCAUGUGUUUAAUGAGGUCCUAAGGACCAAGGAAAGAUGUGUUUUCUGCGUGUCAUCAAAUAUAAACAACAUAGUUCACAUUGCAGUGGUUAUAAUAAUAGUAAACAAUACAAUAAUAAUAUUGUACAGAAAGUACCAGAAAUGUGCUUUAAAUUUCCUUGCUGGGGAAAGAGCUAGAAAAAUGGUGUUCUCUGAUUUAUAAAAGGAGAAAUACUAUACCUUAUUUCAGUAUUUUCUAAUGGAUGUGAAGUGUUUGAUGAUCUUGCUCUAUGAUAUUACGGUACUGGUUACCAUGUGACAUCUACAAUCACCUAAAGGAUUAUUAGGAACACCAUACUAAUACUGUGUUUGAACCGCUUACGCCUUCAGAACUGCCUUUAA